AUGAAAAGGGUAGAAUCUACGAUAUCUACUACAUCCACCACACCCAGUGUAUUGUCUCAGAAUAAUCCCGAUCUUCCUUCUGUGAAAGAUCUAUAUUCACCAACAGUUAGCCCUGAAGAUCUAUAUUCCUAUUCGUUAAAACUAUUAAUUUUAGAGUACAUCAAUGAGCCAAGGUUCCGAGUCUCAAAGUCUGGUAGUCUUAAUCAAAGGCAACAUUUGUAUACACGACCCGGUGAUAUGAACAAUGGGAGAAUCACAAGAUUGGGCUCUGGAGGGAAUGAUAUAAUAAAGGAAGAUAAGAAUGACGAUGGUACUGCUUUAAUGGUAUUAAAGAAGAAACUAGAGUCAUAUUUGAAUAAAGUUACAAUCAAUCAAAUUAGCAUAUCGAACCAGAAUUAUAGAAGAAGUUUAAUGAAAUACUACAAUGACUAUUACUUAAACCCAACCCUUCGGAAAACUAUGAACGAAAUAAAAAGGCCAGAAGAUAUGAUAGUGUAUUUUUCUAAGACAGCUAGUAGUCAACUUACAAAAUUUCAAUCAGGAAAUUUUCAGAAUGAAUUGUAUGGUCAAAUCUCAAAGUUUAUCUUUUUACUUAUUGAGCUUGCGAACGCUUCAAAAGCUUCAUCACUCUUUAUUGCCAGAUUAAACGAUUAUGAAAGCUCUUUGAAAAAUCGAAGUCAGCCAUUGCAUUCUAAAAGAAAUUCUGUAUACCAAACAUCGAAUAAAUUAUCAGUAGAUGAUAAGCCCUAUAUAUCUGGAGCAUCAAAAAACGUACCAACAUUCAGGAUAGAACAAAUUACCCAUUCAUCAUACUUCUCAGAGCUAUUCGGUGUGGACCCGUUGAUACUUCAGCAAGAUAUUGCUAAGAUGUCUAAACUCGUCAGUAAUGAUCAAUACUGUAGAGAAUUAAGACAGUUGCAUACAUCUAUUAAAAAUGAUGAAGGGCCUCUCAGGAACACAGAAUUUUCGAGUGAUGAUGAUUAUGAAUCAUGGAAGUUAUAUCUAUUGAAUGAGAUGGUAAUAGUGUUUGAAAAAUAUGAGAGUCGAUCUGUUAAUGCAGGUAAGAGUUCUGAAACUUUCAACAUUCUUCCAAAAAAUCCUAGAGAUGUCUUCACAGCCCUGAUGGUCAAAGUAUUUGAAAAGGACUGCAAUUACCAAUCCACAUCUUUAAACCUCACACAAGAUGCUUUAUUCUUCCUUUCCAAAUUUUCGAAAUAUUGGAUGGUAGAUUAUUAUUCAACCUUGGCAUCCAUAAUUUAUACAUCAAUGAAUUUGACUGUUCUGGGGGAUGAGGAAAUAAAUAUACCUCUUACAGAGAACCUUUUUAGUAUGAUUGAUCUUAAAAUACUGAAUAGAGAUAUUUAUAAGAAUACGUCCAUUUGGAACGACAGAGAUCAAAAACAGUGGAUAAUUAAUAUGUUACAAACCGAAAAGCGAUGCAUGAAUUCGUUGGAUAAUCUUUUGUCAGGGUUAUUCUCUAAUACGAAACCAAAGUUUUCUCCAGUUUUAUCGUUUUACUAUUCUCAAGUCGAAAUAGACCCAGCAAUUCUGAUGUUUAAGAAGUAUACUCAUUUCACAAAUAAAAAUGAUAUUAGGCGACUAAAGAAAACUAUUUUCAAAUCUGCAGAAUUAUACUACAUUUCAUUGUUAGAUACUAUUCCUAAAGAUAAAGGUCUCGAAAUUCAACAUAUUCAAGAUGUUGGGGAAAAAAUUCUUCAAUGCAUCAAGGAUAUACAAAAGCGAUAUACCAAACCACUACUUGAUAAAAUUAAUAUAUCGUUUAUUGCCGCAGAUAUGUUAAUAGCAGCAUACGCAACUGAUUUCCCAUCGAUGAUGAAGAGAGUUGAAAAAUAUUACAAAAUAAAUAAUGACGAAUCCAUCGCUCCUGUCAAUGCAUUAGAACUGUAUAGUUUACUAAAGGAGUUAAGAGAUGUUUACAUGCAAGUACAAUCAAAACAUCGAUUUCCAUUUGAUUUAGAAAGUAUGUUCUAUAAAUACAUGCGUAACAUUACUAAAGAGAUUACGAAAAAUGUUAAGAGUGUGAUAAUUACUUCUUUAAAAAAUGAACGCUGGCAGAGAAUUAAUGAUAAAACACCAUUCAGUCAUUCAGUGCUUGAUAUAUUUAAAAUGGUGAACGAGUCCAUAGAUCUUAUAAAUAAUUUGGGUUGGGAAAAUUUUUAUCAGUUGGCCACUACGUUUACAUUAAUUCUGAAGGCAUUUUCUGAUGAUAUUAAGAUUUAUUCACAAAGCACUUUGAAGUUAAUUCAAACAGACUUACGGCAAUCGAGUUUUAAUGCGUUAAAAAAAGCUAUGGAAGAUCACACUUUAGAGGAUCGUAUUAUGGGAUCUGAUGUUAAGGAUAAGAAAAAAUGGACUUUUCAUGAAAUGAAGAAAGCUUUGAAAUCAGAACCUGAAAAAAGGGCCAUACCACCCGCAUUUGAAUAUAGGGAAGGGACCUGCGUAAUGUUAAAUGAUCUUGAAACAAUGAUAAAAAUGGUAAACGAACUGGAUGAAAAGAUCGGACCAGAGACUAUUUCGCAAGAAAUCGAAAAGGGAAAGGCAUCUAGUGGAUUGAAAGAUAAAAAACUUAUGGAUUUGGAAGAACCUUUAAAACAAGUAUAUUCCGUUAGAGUUGUUGAAGCUAAAGAUAUAAGGGGCUAUGGUAAAGAUGGGACGUCAAACGCAUCUGUGUCCUUAAGAUGCAGCACAAAGCAGCGAGAAUCGGGAAUGACGGGUGUGGUUCCAAAAACGACCAAUCCGGUUUGGGAUGAAGAAUUUGAAAUUGAUCUUCCAUUCAAUAGUACCUCAAAUCUUACUUUUAACGUUUGGCACCACUCUUCGAGUAGAUUAAAAGCCUUCACUGGAGAUGAUAUUUGUGGUAGAGCAACUUUGAUAUUAGACCCUAAGCAUUUUACGGAUGAUGGUUUCCCAAAUAGUCGUACGUUGGACUUAGACACGCAAGGGCAAUUAUUUGUUCAAAUUUCUUUAGAGACUGAAAAAUAUGAUGCGCUGUUUUCUUUUGGAAGAUCAUAUAGAUUCUUAUCGAGAAGUAGGGAUAGGGCAGUUGAAUUAGUCGUUGGUAAAUUUUCUUCUUAUGUUGCAUAUUCAAUUUCAAGGCAAACUCUACAAAGCAUAUGUGGUAAUGCACAGCACCUUCAUCCCACUGAUGAUAAUAUUUAUGACGCAAUUGUACCUUUAUUCGAUUACCUAAACUCCAAUUUAACAAUAUUGGCGACACAAUUAACAGAUGAAUUAUUGAUUAUGGUUAUGUUAAAAGCUUGGUUUAGUAUUUUAAAGACUGCGGAUAAUCUUCUUCUACCUCAGUUAUCUAUUGCGAAGAACAAAUUAGCCUUGACCAAAAAUUCCAUAUGGAAACAUGAUACUGCCACUCUACCUGGCUAUGGUAGAGCAUUGACUAUUAAAGAAGUAGAAAUAGUUUUUAAUUGGUUGGAUGCUCUAUGUAUUGAUUUCUUUUACAAUAAUGGUGAAGGACCUCCUUUGCAAGAUUUGAAAAACAAGGAUUAUCAAAAGUUAUUACUUAUUCCUGCAUUUUACGAUAAGAGUUCGAUAGAACUGAAAAAAGAGGUUCAAAGAUUAACACCGUCAUAUUACAAAUAUAUUGAAAAGAAAUACCGUGAUAAUAACCCUAAUAUUGUAGUAAGCAGAAAGCUAACCUCGGUUGAAAGACGUAAAACGAUAAUGAAAGACAGUUUCCGAAAGACAAGAGAACAAUUGGAUAGGGAAGCUCCGGACGGUUCCAUUGAUACAUUAGAGCGUGAUUCAGAACUUUUAGAUAUUAUACUUCGAAUUCUUAUUGCUAAAAACGAAACAGAUUUUGUUUACCAACAUUUACAUGAGAGAAAAUUAAAAAGAAAGGUGAUAGCAAUCACCUCUAUUGCAGACAAGGUUUCAAAAGGUCAUAGAGUCAAAUACAAGAAAUGA